AUGGUGUCCCAUGGCGCGUUUGAUUAUGGCGGAGCCUCCAUGGCAGAGAAGCAGAGUUCCAGGAAAGCUGCCUUGAGAAAGAAAGUGUGGGACGCUUUGGAGGAGAACGAUGCAGUUCUUUUCCCACGACCUUGUCAUGGUCGCAUUCCCAACUGUGCAGGUUCUGCUGUGGCAUGUGGACAUUUGCUGCAGCUUCCAGCCCUCCGAGAUGCUUCGGUGGUGAAGGUUCACCCCUCCAUUGGAGCCGCUGCCCUGAGGACGGCUUUGGUGAUGGCCAAGAAAACCGUCUUAGUCCCACCCUAUCCCGGCGCCGAUUUCCUCUACCUCCUGCUGCACCAUAGCUUGGCUCCCAGCGCCUCAGCGCUGCAACGAGCCGGAGAUAAGCGAGAAUACAUGAAGUGGGCGCGUCCAUUACAGCUGCUGGAGAUACCCCGUGUGGAUGUGGUGGUUGUUGCAACAUGUGUUGUUGCAAGCAAUGGAGUACGUCUAGGAAAGGGAAAGGGCUACGGAGAGGUUGAGUGGGGCAUACUGACUGAGCUGGGAGCUGUUGACGAAUCUGUGCCCGUGUACACACUCUGUCAUGACUUGCAAGUGGUCAGAUCUGAAGAUCUUCCUGCAGACAUGAUGGAAUCACAUGACCUGCCAGUGGAUGCCUUUGCAACACCAAGUGGCGUGACAAAAUGUGAGGCCAAAGCAAUGCCUCGAAAGCCAUUUGGUGUGAGGUGGGACUUGGUGGGUGCAGAUUUGGAACAUGAUAUCGGAGCUUUGCGUGAGUUGCGUGGCCUAGAUCCGCAAGCACUGGCUGCCCACCGUGCCGCAGCGCGAAGGUUCAGCGCCCCCAUCGCAGACCAGACGGCAGAGGAGUGGCAGGCGCUGACUGAUGCGUGCGUUUCUCUCUUUGCAGCCGAAGAAGCAAAGUGGAGUGAUGGUGGUCCCAGUGGCAAGUCAAAGUCAAAGGGCAAAGGAUAUGGCAAAGCGAGAGGAAAACUAGCGCAGCUGAGCGCCCAAGCGGAAAGCAUGUCCGCGCAGGCAGAGGCGGAAGCUGCACAAGAGGCGGCUCUACAAGCAGCUCAGAUCAUCCAACAGCAUCAGGAGCUUCUACCUGCAACGCUUCAGAUGCGCCCGUUGGAUGAAGGCCCCAGAGAGGUCCGCGAGGAAGACUCGGCUGAGAGAUGUCGCAUAGAUGAAACUGCCACAGUUGCAGUGAAGGAAAGGGCGGCGCGUCGGCAAGCCGAUUCCAACCCCAAUCAGCCCUCAGAGGAGGAGCGACAGGCGCGGGCCGAGCAUUUAAGGCGACAGCGCGAAGCUUUGAUGGAAAAGAAGAAGCGGGAAAGAGAAGAGGAGCUCAGUCGUUACAGCGCCCUGGGGGGCACUGCUGUACGUGCAGCGGAACGUGCCUGUGCUGGCCAGCCGGCUCUUCCUGUGGAUGAAGCAGGGCGGAAGCUGGCUGACGAGCUGCGAGGCAAUCCAGUGCAAGAGACUCCACAGGCGAAUGCCGAGGAGGCUGCAAUGGCAAUGCGACGUGCCGGACAGCUUGGAGUGUUGUGUCAAAGCACCGUCCCAUGA